CCUGCUCUCGACCAGAGGGGAGUGUAGCCGGCAGAGGCAGGUAGCAGCAGUCCUGGUGGAUGCAUCCGUCUCAUUCCUCCACCAUGUCGCACUCGGUGCGUCGAAUGAAUGCAGCCGGCUCACUGCAUCUGACAGUCAGCAUGUCAAUGUUCGGCGUGGAGGUAUGAGCAAGGAUGCCCAUGAAUCCAUAGCAGGGAUUAAUGCAUUUGGAGCGGAUCCAUAAAACAUGGGCGACCUGGAGUGUGGCUUUGAGGAAAUGCAAGGAGUCAGGCUGGGCUACCUGCUCAUCCAAGGCAAGCAAAUGUUUGCUUUGUCUCAGGUCUUCACCGAGCUGCUCAAGAACAUUCCACGCACCACCGUGCACAAGCGCAUGGAUCACCUGAACGUGAAGAAGCACCACUGUGACCUGGACGAGUUGCGCAAGCUCAAAGCAAUAAACUCCAUCGCGUUCCACGCAGCCAAGUGCACUCUCAUAUCUCGAGAGGACGUGGAGGCUCUCUACGUCUCCUGCAAGACCGAGCGGGUGUUGAAGUCCGGCAGCAACAAAAGGAAAGCGGCGUCGUGCGUCUCCGCGGACCGCCUCGCGUCCACGGAGCUCCUCCGUGCGGACGCCGAGCUCUGGCAGGAAAAAGUUUGGUUGAGUUUGCACGGCGUGCACGACAAAGCCGCCAAGGGGAGGAGAGAGCCCAGCGACUCCAAACUACCUCACUUUUACCACAAAACCCCCGGACGGGAUUAUCGCUCGGCCACAAAGUCCACUCACAGACACUUUAAAAACUAUGAAACCGCCAAGUUGCAAGGGAAUCGAGUGACAUUCAGCCAGAGGCACUCGUUUUUCCGGAGCGCUCCUGCAGCAGCGCUCCAGUCCGCCAUGGCUGCUCAGUCCAGGCUCUCUCGCACAGCCGGCGACCUUCAUCACAAAAGGAAGAGGCGGCGCGAAGGGGGCGGCGGCAGGGACGGCUUGAGACACCCCUGGAGGAGCAGACACCACCAGCACGUCCCGCCGGUUCUGCUUGUCCAACCCAAAUCAUCCAUUACGCAUCGGACCGCUUUUGGUGCCUUCCAGCUCAGCCCGGACUUCUACAUUCAUCACCAUCAUCUCCAACCGAGCUUCCCGGAGAGCAGCGACACCGAGUCCAGCACCUAUUCAGACCGGGCCUACCCCGACUCGGAUUUUGGUUCCGGAUUAUCCACCAGCAGCAGCUCAGACGAGGAGGAGGAGGAGGAGGAGGACGAUGAGGAUGAUACCCAGUCUGAAAGCACUGAGGUCAGCUCGGAUGAGGAGGAAGAGGAGGAGAGUUCCUCUCAUUCUGACUCCAGCUCCGUUUCUAGCCGGGUUUCGCUUCAGAGCAUCCGGUUCAGACGGGCCCGAGUGGGAACCCUCCCCAAAACGCUUAACCCAAUUAAUGCACCUCUGGUUCUACAGCCCACUUUCCACUACAACAACCAGCAGCACCAUGACGGCUCACCACUGCAGGCCCAGGCUGCAUCCACACACGAGAAGUGGGAAUUUAGGAAUCACUCUGGAUCCAUACCCAAAUUCCACUCAGUUAUUUUCACCGAGACCAAAUGGGACGAAGCUGGGACAAAGCAGGCCCUCCAUGGAUCACGCAGGACGUUAGUGUGUCCCAUCAACGAGCAUAAAGACGGCAAAGUACCGAGAUAUAUCGAUGAAAGUAGUGUGAGCUCCACCGGACCGAGACUCACUCCGCCUAAGAAAAUAAAGACCGAGGCGGAGGAGUCCUCUGUGACGGCCUCCCCCGCCCCCGAGAGCGGCUGCAGGGUAGCCAGGACACCGCCCCCUGCUCUCCAUAAAGUGAAAUUAAAAGUGGAAGAGUGCUGCGAUGAAUACGAACACCACAGCCAGCCUACUGCGGCCAAAUGCAAAGAACCACCGAGCAGCACCGCCGCACCAAUGGAAGUUCGAACCACCGAAAGGGCCCCGGAUGUGCCCUCCGCGUCACAGGGCCAUAGCAGCACCCAGGAACCGCUCGAUGAAGGGGACACGAGGGGUAAUAAUUGCAAGGCUCCAGUCCUGGGGAGGAGAUCCAGGCUUUUCAGGACGCAAUCAAAACAAGCCAGGGUCACCAGGGCUGCCUCCUCCUCCUCCUCCUGUGGCUCCCAGCCCUUCGAGGAAGCCUCCAUGGAGGAUUUACCCAGCCGACGUAGACGAAGCGGUGCGAACCCUGCAGCAUGGACAGGAAAAAUGCCUUUCAGCUUGAUGGCUAGCUUCCCAUUCUCGGCGUCGCUGGUUGUUGGCAGCGACGGGGAUCUGUGCCCUGCUUACUCCCUCAACUCUCUGAAGGGCGCCGGGCCUCCCCCUCCGUCUCAUCCCGUGUGGAGCUGGCAGCCAGGCGGACACAUUCUCCCUCCCCCACACGCUCACAGGACGAGGAGAUACUGAGCAGGGAAAAAACAAAAAAAGCAAAUCUCCCCAAAAUACACUUUUUUUAACCCAGUGUAAAUGCAUUUUCAUUAUAAACACAGUUGCAGUAAACGCCCACUGUGUGGACUGUGAGGCCCCUUUAGUGGAUUUCUAUAUAUUUUUAAACAAGCUACCAGCCCUAAGUGAUAUAAAAUGACUUUUUCCCUCGACCUGUUGGAUUGUAUACUGUGCCAGGGUGUCUCUGGUUGGUGCUUUGUCUGAAAAACGGAUAAACUGUUUUGAUCAAGCUUUGGUGGAUUUAAAAGCAUAUAUCAGGGUUAUUCCAUCAGAUGCCACUUGUUUUCUAACUGUGUUUCCCUCUAGGGUUUACAUACUGACCACACAUGUUCCCAAGCGUUCAAUUUUAUACUUAAAGUGGGAUUGGUAAUGUCUAUCACAGAUAAGCCUUUAUUAGAUUUGACAGGAAUUUAUUCCUGCUGGUUUUGGGAGUUUUUACCGUAUUUUUUAAUUUGUUUUUUCCUUUGAGUGCGUGUGAUUUGGUGUUUUUAUUUCUGUAAAGUAUAUAUCCAUGCAGGUCCCAUAGACAUUACACAAGCCUUAUGAAGAGACAAUCAAAAAAUAAGCAAGUAAAAAACCCAUAUGGUUGAGACUCCAUUAAUAUAUCCGUGUGUUUACAAAAAUGAAUCUGGACAGUUUCAGGAUUUAUAUGGGAUAUAUUUAAGGUUUCAGUGUAUAAGGAGGCCAGUGUUUACACCUUUUUCCAACCGGAAGGCCACUCAGAAACAACGUGUAUCAAUUCGCUCACUUCCAUACUUACACUUUGCAUUUUGAGUGCGUAUAUGCAAAGCGUAAGUACGGAAGUGCAGCUUUAGAGCAAAACAACGCAAUAUGCACUUUGUUCCUGUUUGGGGUCCUGUGUCAGCAGAUAGGAGUUCGUGGCUUGCCUGAUCAAAAUUAGAAGACAAUACGUUUUUAGAGACGCAAUGAUUUCAUUUACAGCUAAAUUUAUUAUUAAUUCCAGGCUUAAAAUCUAAUACUAAGGCUUGUCUUUGCUGUGACGCCAGACUGUCAAUCUGAAUUUUGCUAAGGCACACCAAAAAACACCCUGUCUUUGUAAACGAUGUAGCUUUAUUUAACAAACACGCUAAAUGUAACCUAUUGAGCAUCGAUGAAUGUAGUGACUCCAAGCUGUGUUCUGUAGCGUCAGUACACACACCUCCAACCACCAGGAACCAUGUAAUGGUGGCUGUUUUAAGGAAAUGUGUUAGAUGUUAGAAUUCAGGACAAGCUCCUGCUAAUUGGCAGGUUUUCUAACAGAGAGAAGGGGCAGUUAAUGGCGACAAAAGGCUCCCUGGCUGAGAAUGAUGUCAUUCAUAUGAUUGUAUUUAGAAGUGCUUUAAAUCAGCAUAACAUGGUCAAUGUUCUGCCAUGUGCUUAAAGCAUCCAUACAGUACGUGUGUUCACCUCAUGACAAUUCAACCUCAGCGCCCUAUUACCAGACAGGCUAUUUUACAGGAGGUGCGACAUGAGCAGGCCCCCGGUUUAUAAAACACACACACACAGAAGGGGGGGAUUGCACAGGGGGUGGUGGCGGGUUGCUGUGUUGCAAGAGCGAAGCUUUCAACCUUUAAUCCGCAUGUCAAAAGCAGACUGCACGGCGAAGGAGGAAGAGGAAUAGCCUCAUGCGCUUGAAUUUGUGAGAGGUUGACAAUAUCACCCCACCAACCGUCCUCUACACGCACACACACACACACACACACACACACACACACACACACACACACACACACACACACACACACACACACACACACACACACA